CCCGAGUGAAGAUUUCAGAUUCGUGGUUUCUGGCGAUUUGGCGACUCCUGCGAUUUGGGCGGAUUUGGCGAUUGGCGAUCGGCGACCUAGAUUCACGACAAAAGCGAUUUGCAGACCCAGCUUUCCAUUUGUCGUAGGUGAUUAACUUCUUUGUUGAUUCUCGUCUCUGCAUUUGAAUUCAGUCGACGUCUCGCCAUGUCGAAGAGAUGUUCUUCUUCAACUUCGACACAAGGUCAUGGGGUGGUAGUUUGCAAACACAACAUGGCCUGUGUGGUUAAUACCUCUGGUACGGAAAUGAACCCAGGCAGGCAGUUCUAUGGGUGCCCAUAUUGGAAGAACGAGAAAAUAAAUUGCGGUUUCUUUAGGUGGGUACAUGGGAUGGUUGAUGAAGUGGAUGAAGAAACCUCUACAAUUGGGAGUUCUCAGCUGAAGCUCGAGGAAAAUUUGCGGAUAGCCGAGUCAAAAGCGGAAAUGAGGAAGAAGGUGAAGAGAAUUUUGGUUGAAGAGUUGUCAAGGUUGAUGAAGACUCAAGAAGUUAUGCUGGAUGAAGGAAGGAGAUUGGCUUAUGACAUCCGUCUCAUCCGAUAUCAUUUCACAGUGGUUGUUGUAGUGAAUUUCAUAUUGCUUGUUCUUUUGUGGCAGCACCAGUUUGUUAUGUAGAAGUAGUUGUAUUGUACUAGGUUUGCUUCCAAUUGAAAGGUGAUUGUUGUAUCUUAGAUGAGAUGUUAAACACAAGGGAGUUGUGGCAGCACCAGGUUUGCUGUCAAUUGUAGUUCUUGUAGGUUGUCAUGUUCGAAUUUGAGAUGUUAAACACAAGGUAGUUGUGUUAUCUUUCUUAAAUGAGUUAAAUAGUUUAAGUUGUUGUAGUUGAUGAGCUUCCAAACAUGAGCUCCAAUCUGAGAUGCUAAAUAGCUGUUCAUUACAGAGUAGUCUAAGAUUCUGAAGCCUAAAUAGUUGUGCAUAAUUACAUAGCAUCCGAUUAUAGAAAUCAGCCAUUACACUAGUCAGCUAAACAAAAUGACCUCUAGUGAGGUAGCUUAAUGGCCUAUCACAAAAAAUAACUUGUUUGUGUAUAAUUACAUAGCAUCCGAUAAUAGAAAUCAGUCAUUACA